CCCCGUUGUUGCAUGUGAGAGUCACGUGAGAAGCCGCAUUUUAAAGGGAAAGCGAGACGGCCUCAUGGCAUAACACUACGGCUCGGGCAAAACCUCCGUUGGUGGGGUGGGAUUAUGCUACGCUGCAGCGCAAAAAUGGUGGCGCUUCUCCCCAAUUCCCGCAUCGUCGCCUCCCACGGCCUCGGCCUUCCUCGCAUUCCCUUCGCCCGAUUCCGCAACUUGCAUCGUUUCGCUUCGGAUUGCGGUAGGAAGAGGCUUCCUGGUGCCCGCUAUCCGCUCGGCCCCUUGUUUUCCUUCACGAAUCCCCCCUCUUCCGUGGGGUUUGGAGGUGUGGUUCGUCUUUUGUCGUCCGGAUUUGAGCCGAAGGGUUUCGAUUCCCUGCGGCUUCGAGCCGCUUCUGAUGGUGGUUCUGGCGGUCCCAACGGUGGUGAUGGUGGCUCCGGCGGUGGAGGUGGAGACGAGAGCGGUGGUGGGAAUGAUCGGUUCUUUUUGUCGUGGUACUUGAUGGCGCUUGAUAAAUAUCCAGUGAUAACUAAAGCUAUUACAUCUGCACUUCUAACUCUUAUUGGAGAUUUAAUUUGCCAGCUAUUGGUUGAUCAGGUAACCAAGUUGGAUUUAAGGCGAACAUUUGUGUUUACUUUCUUGGGACUUGUGCUAGUGGGUCCCACAUUGCAUUUCUGGUACUUGUAUCUCUCUAAGUUGGUCACAUUUCCUGGAGCAUCAGGUGCAUUCUUGCGCCUUAUCCUUGACCAGUUUGUCUUCUCUCCCAUCUUCAUAGGAGUCUUUCUUAGCUCAGUUAUUGCCUUGGAAGGAAGGCCUUCUCAAAUAAAGCAGAAGCUUCAACAGGAGUGGUUUUCAGCAGUGCUAGCAAAUUGGCAAUUGUGGAUACCCUUCCAAUUUCUUAACUUUCGGUUUGUUCCUCAGAAGUUUCAGGUUCUAGCUGCGAACUUUGUUGCUCUUGCAUGGAAUGUGAUUCUCUCAUUUAAAGCCCAUAAAGAAAUUGUGCUGAAAUAGCUGGCUAAGUCAACAUUUGCUCGCACCAAUCUCAGCAACCAGUUGCAUGUUUUCAGAAAUAAUGCAGCCAAGUAAAGGUUUAUUUGCGAGCAGUUAGCAUUUGACCAGUUUUAGUUUGUUUCUUUUAUGUAAGUCUAGAGGAAACAUGCGCUAUUUUAGGACGUUUGUCUUGUUGCUUUAAUUGAGGUUGCAUUUCUCAUUAAAACUUCCAGAAAGCUAAAAGAUUUGUGGUUUUUAUGAGCUUUUCAUGUUUUAGCUCCUUUAUGGGACUAAUCUUUGCAGCUUUCCUUUAUUA